GUUGAUACUGAGAAUUGAAAUUUGCAUUAACUGGCAAUGUGAGAAAUUUUCCUGAGAAGGUAGUUGUAGAUAGUAGUAGUUAGAGUGAGUAAUAAGGUGAACCAGGCUGAAGUAUUAGUUCUGAAUAGUCUUCCAACAUCCUGAGAUACACAUACCAUUCAUUAUCUCAGCAGAAAAAAAAAAGAAAAAAAGUGCCGUAAUAACGUUGAAAUGGGACUGAAGAUGUCAAAUGGGUUGGUUUAAAAAUAUCCCUAAACUGCCUUUGAAACUAAACGUUGGAGUUGAAUAAAAGUGAGUCUGGAUUUCCUGAAUAGCACCGUGGCUUGAGUGUGCUGUCAGUAUGUAAGCCAGUCCACCAACUUAAGACAGAAGUGUUGCUAUUCCAUAAAUACAGUAGAACUCCAUAUGCUGAGUUUUUCCAAUUUCUUCUGUUAGAAAGUUUGGGGGAAAAAAGGGAGACUUUGAAGUAUUUUGUUUAUACUAACAGAAGAGAAAAGUUCUCCUAAGAAAAAGCUGGUGGCAGGAGUGUAGAGGAGUAGCAUAUGGCAUUAAAAGGAGCACAGCUGGAGGUAGCAUUUCCAUCUGAACAUGAUGUCAGAGCAGCUGACAGCCUGCCAUCCCUCAGCCUUUUAUUCUAACACACAGACAGGGAGUUAGUGUGUGCGGAUCUGUGGUGGAGAAGGUAUCUCAUUCCUCUCUAACAUCAUCUCCACUUUGCAUCUGUCUCUCUUAGUCUGCUUUUUUUCCAUCGAUGUAACAGACCUGGAGCCAGCAAGACUCAGAGGAAAGGACUUAAUCAGGUUUAUGUGUCCUAAAGGUUAUGAAGACAGUAUGGAGUUUCCAGACCACAGUAGACAUUUGCUGCAGUGUCUGAGCGAGCAGAGGCAUCAGGGUUUCCUUUGUGACUGCACUGUUCUGGUGGGAGAUGCCCAGUUCCGAGCGCACCGAGCUGUACUGGCUUCGUGCAGCAUGUACUUCCACCUCUUUUACAAGGACCAGCUGGACAAAAGAGACAUUGUUCAUCUGAACAGCGACAUUGUUACAGCCCCAGCUUUCGCUCUCCUGCUUGAAUUCAUGUAUGAAGGGAAACUCCAGUUCAAAGACUUGCCCAUUGAAGACGUGCUAGCAGCUGCCAGUUAUCUCCACAUGUAUGACAUUGUCAAAGUCUGCAAAAAGAAGCUGAAAGAGAAAGCCACCACAGAGGCAGGACAGCACCAAAAGGAAGAAGAUGCUUCAAGUUGUUCAGACAAAGUCGAGAGUCUCUCCGAUGGCAGCAGCCACAUGGCCGGCGAUCUGCCCAGUGAUGAAGAUGAAGGAGAAGAUGAGAAAUUGAACAUCCUGCCCAGCAAAAGGGACUUGGCAGCCGAGCCUGGGAACAUGUGGAUGCGAUUGCCCUCAGACUCAGCAGGCAUCCCCCAGGCGGGCGGAGAGGCAGAGCCACACGCCACAGCAGCUGGAAAAACAGUAGCCAGCCCCUGCAGCUCAACAGAGUCUUUGUCCCAGAGGUCUGUCACCUCCGUGAGGGAUUCGGCAGAUGUUGACUGUGUGCUGGACCUGUCUGUCAAGUCCAGCCUUUCAGGAGUUGAAAAUCUGAACAGCUCUUAUUUCUCUUCACAGGACGUGCUGAGAAGCAACCUGGUGCAGGUGAAGGUGGAGAAAGAGGCCUCCUGUGAUGAGAGUGAUGUUGGCACUAAUGACUAUGACAUGGAGCGUAGCACUGGGAAGGACAGUGUGAGCACUAAUAACAGGGUACAGUACGAGCCGGCGCAUCUGGCUCCGCUGAGGGAGGACUCGGUCCUCCGGGAGCUCGAGCGGGAGGACAAAGCCAGCGACGACGAGAUGCUGACCCCCGAGAACGAGCGGGUCCAGGUGGAGGGGGGCAUGGAGAGCAGCCUGCUGCCCUACGUCUCCAACAUCCUGAGCCCGGCCGGCCAGAUCUUCAUGUGCCCGCUGUGCAACAAGGUCUUCCCCAGCCCGCACAUCCUGCAGAUCCACCUGAGCACGCACUUCCGCGAGCAGGACGGCAUCCGCAGCAAGCCGGCCGCGGACGUCAACGUGCCCACCUGCUCGCUCUGCGAGACUUUCUCCUGCAUGUACACGCUCAAGCGCCACGAGAGGACUCACUCGGGCGAGAAGCCCUACACCUGCACCCAGUGCGGCAAGAGCUUCCAGUACUCGCACAACCUGAGCCGCCACGCCGUGGUGCACACCCGCGAGAAGCCGCACGCGUGCAAGUGGUGCGAGCGCAGGUUCACGCAGUCCGGGGACCUGUACAGACACAUCCGCAAGUUCCACUGUGAGUUGGUGAACUCCUUGUCUGUCAAAAGCGAAGCACUGAGCUUGCCCACUGUCAGAGACUGGACCUUAGAAGAUAGCUCGCAGAACUUUGGAACUAAUUUUAUAUAUAUAUAAAUAAUAUAUAUAUUAUACAUAUAUAUAAUAGAUCUCUAUAUAGUUGUGGUACGGUCUAAAGCAGUCUUGUUUCCUGGAACUAAAAAGUUGGGAUAUUAACUUGUUUUUGCACUUUAGAAUAGCAUGAGAAUCUCACUAAUUUAGCAUUCUGAUAAAAGAAACUUUAGAGCAAGUCGGAGAAUAGAGAAGUGUUUUCUUUCGAAGGGGUAGGGGAAGUAAGCCAAUAAGAACCUUUGAAACAAAUCGUCCUAUCGCAAAUGCCUGUGAUAGGGCUUAAUUUUGUC